CUUGGCUUGGCCCAUAAAACGAGAUGACGCUGCGAUCCUUCAGUAAAGACACCUUGCAAGAUAACUGGUACGAGGAGCGGUCGGGGGCUCUUCAGGGGGUGCUACCUUACGACGGCAAGAACGACUACAGCACGACCAAUGAACACGACUUUGCCAAUCCUGGAGCGCUCAAAGUUCGAAACGAAGUCCACAAGCUCGUGGACCAUCGCAUGAUUCGUCGAGACAACUUUGAGCAAGUGAUCAAGUCCCGACCUCUGCGAGACCGCCCAGACAGCGGAUUUGGAGCUGUUCUGCCCACGCCAGACCCAAAUGUCGAAAAUAGGUACAUGGAAACGAACAACCAAGCCGCCUUUGGGACUGUGGUCAAGACCAGCACACUUGCUGUGCCGAACCAUCAACAAGGCAUUGCGGGGGGCCCAGGGGGGGGGCGCGUGGAGCGUGGAAAGGCCGCGUCAGGGGCGUCGGGCGAAGUCAUCAAGGUGAAUUCGGACCCCCAAAAGGACACACACGCCCAACGGUCGUGGAUGUACACGAAAGACCCCAUUUUUGAUGCCAAGCGUCCGAAGCCGACUGCUGCGGACCAGGUGGUGGCCAAGCCCCCGCAUUAUCGCCGCCAAGCUACCAGUGUCACCACAGUGGACCAGAAGAAAUUGGGGAUUUUCUCCGAUGACUAAUACUCAAUCCUGUAAACACAUGGCAGUGUUUGUCUUUCGAA